AUGGCCGGCCUCAAUGCCACUUUGAAACAUUGCUGCCCCACCUACUCUAAACUAAGAAUCUUCUUUAAAAUUUAUUUCUCUACCCUCUCUUCCUUUCUCUGCCAUCGUGGUGUGUGCUUGACUCCAUUUCUCACCGUGUCUUCUCACAAGACUUUCAGGAUUAAGCAAUUCCUGGCCAAGAAACAAAAGCAAAAUCGUCCCAUUCUCCAGUGGAUUAGGAUGAAAACUGGUAACAAAAUCAGUUACAACUCCAAAAGGAGACAUUGGAGAAGAACCAAGCUGGGUCUAUAA